AUGAUGCCACGCAACAUAUCGGAUCCGGUAGCUCAUGGAGAUACCGGUGCAAAGGAAGUGUGGCAGGAGCGUGCAAAAGAUGGUGGGGUGAUCCCGGAUUCCGGGUGUCCCACAGUCGAACUUGAGGGGUCUCAACAUCGUGGUACUUGGCACAAUCCGCAUAGUCGUGCACUUGUCGUCGAUGGGCUGGAGGGUCUUGACAAAAUGAAGGGGUACUUGGUGGAAACCACGACGUGUGCAGGAGGCAUACGACUCCAAACACCCACGGCCAUGCGGAAGACGACUGAGCUCCUAUUACGGGGAGGGUUCGUGGCCACGACAGGAUGCAAAGGAGGGCGGCAGCUGGGCUGCGGCUGCGAUGCCCACCUGCACGAAGCAGGGGAGGCGAGCGAGCUGUCUGCCUCGUCAACUCUUGAUGAACAGGAGCAGCGGUGGCUGCAACAAAAGCUUGGUGCAUGGCCAGAGCUUGGCGUUGGUGAGGGACGGCGGGGAAGGCGCGAGGCUAGACCGGCCGAAGCUCGAAGUGUUGCUGAGGGGAACCGGAACCGACUGUCGGAGCCUUGA